CCCCCUGUUUUACUCCCCAGUCUCCCCCAAAUGCAGGCAUCAAUCAUACCUCCCCAUCCACUCAUCAGUCAUUGGCACACUCCACAGAUCACUAGUACCGUGUUCCUCCCUUUUCCCCCUAACCCAUGUCCUGCACCCAGCUCCCCUUGCCCAACAUCUCUUUGCCCUACCUCCGGCUGUCACACUGUCUGAUGGCAGCAGCCGCUCUCCUGCUGGACUUCCUGGUCCUCCACGCGAUUCCCGGGUGAUGACAUCACCGACUCCUACUCCCAUUGCAUCAUCCCUCUGCACCGCAGGCUCCCCAUACGCUGCCAGCCUUACCGGCGUAGAUCUACCGGUACCACGCUCUGUGGGCCACCCUGGUGAUUUCCUCCUGCCACUUCUCCUCCUCAUGCUAGUCUGCCCUCCUGACUUGGCCCAGGGCUAUAACCGCUUGCAUCAGGUCCUGUAUAGCUGCCAUAACAGUGAAGUCACCGGACCUGACAGACCUCUUCUUGCCCCGCUUGGAUGAAGACUUCUGCCGGUCUGGAUGUCCUCUUCUGCCCCAUCGGAUGAAGACUUUGGCCCAGCUGGGUGAACAUAACUCAAGGUAACCAUGCCAUUCAAGUGUGCUAUCGCAGGGGAUUGUAUGUACUGGUAAUUCUACCGUCAAUAUGCCGUUGGAAAACCUGGAAGAGGAGGGCCUGCCCAAAAAUCCCGAUCUCCGCAUCGCGCAGCUUAAGUUCUUGCUUAGUCAUCCCGAACAUCGCAGUGAUGCCAAACUCCGAGCCGAGCUCAUGGAGGCCGUCACCGAAAACAGCAUGGCUCCUUACUAUGAAGGUCUUUGUAAACACGUUGACUGGCAAGUCGAUACAGAUCUGUUGAACAAGAUGAAGAAGGCAAAUGAAGAAGAGCUGAAGAAGCUUGAUGCUCAGCUUGAGGAUGCCGAAAAAAACUUGGGAGAGAGUGAGAUUAGAGAUGCAAUGAUGGCCAGCGAGUACCUCUGUAGGAUCGGUGACAAGGAAGGAGCUUUGACUGCCUUCAGGAAAACCUACGAUAAAACCGUGGCUUUGGGACACCGUUUGGACAUAGUGUUCUACCUCCUGCGAAUUGGCUUGUUUUACAUGGAUAAUGACCUCAUUAUACGUAAUACUGAAAAAGCAAAAAGCCUUAUUGAGGAAGGAGGUGACUGGGACAGGAGAAAUCGUUUAAAAGUUUACCAAGGCCUGUAUUGUGUUGCUAUCAGAGACUUCAAACAAGCAGCUGAACUGUUCCUUGACACAGUCUCAACGUUUACAUCCUAUGAGCUUAUGGAUUAUAAGACUUUUGUUACAUACACAGUUUAUGUCAGUAUGAUUGCACUUGAUCGGCCAGACCUAAGAGAAAAGGUUAUUAAAGGAGCAGAGAUCCUGGAAGUGCUACAUAGUUUACCCACAGUCAGACAGUAUCUCUUCUCAUUAUAUGAAUGUCGUUAUUCUGUCUUCUUUCAGUCACUUGCUAUUGUUGAACAGGAGCUUAAAAAAGACUGGUUGUUUGCCUCUCAUUACCGUUAUUAUGUGAGAGAAAUGAGGAUCCAAGCCUACAGUCAGCUCCUCGAAUCCUACAGGUCCCUAACUCUUGGGUACAUGGCAGAAGCGUUUGGUGUUGGUGUCGAAUUCAUAGAUCAGGAACUUUCACGGUUUAUUGCAGCUGGGAGACUGCAUUGCAAGAUAGAUAAAGUUAAUGAGAUUGUAGAAACUAACAGACCUGAUAGCAAAAACUGGCAGUACCAGGAAACCAUAAAGAAAGGAGACUUAUUAUUGAACAGAGUUCAGAAACUCUCGCGAGUUAUAAACAUGUAAUGUGUCAUUACUUUAUUUUUUUUUUAUUAACAAGAGUUGAAUGAAUUAUGGCAUGUAAGAUCUUUGAGUCAUAUAGAAAUAUAUCCUGUAUCUUGCUGUUUUGGGAAUUUUGAAGUUGUGCUGAGCUGUGUAGUUGGGUUUUUACUGUUUUACUUCAUGUAAACGAGGCCUGAAAAAAGAAAACAAAAUUAAAAAAAAAUAAAAAAAAAUGGAAAAGAAGAAAAUAACAUAAAAACAUUCUCCUUAAAA